AGCGCUUGAAACUAGUCCGUAAAAUAACCCGAAUUAACAUUUUAAAUACGCUUACUGGUUUUAAAAUGUUCGUAAAAUUUUGUUUCGUUUUCUGCCUGUUCUCAGUUUUUCAAACCAUCUGUGCAGCUAGCCCUAUCGGUUAUGUAAACAACAAAACAGUGCAUGCAGCUCUAGAACUGUUCUUCCCAACGGCACCAGACACGUGCCGGGAUGUGGUCAGUUCUUCACCCAGACCAGUGGUCAUCCUGUCAAGUGGACUUGAGGUGAUGUGUGACACACAAACAGACGGGGGAGGAUGGACGGUGAUACAGAGAAGAUUCAACGGACAAACAGAUUUCUAUCGGGGGUGGGAGGAGUACAAGUAUGGGUUCGGAGAUGUGGAUGUCGGAGAAUUUUGGCUGGGCAACGAGAACAUUCACCGUCUGACGUCACAAAGACGAUACGAGCUGAGGGUCGAUUUUAAAUUUAACAACACGGACUACUUCGCUAAAUAUUCAAGGUUUCGCGUGUACGGAGAAUCGGAAGGUUAUAGGUUAAAGGUCAGCGGUUACUCAGGUAACGCUGGGGAUUCUCUGAUAAACGUACACAACAACCAGAAAUUCAGCACGUUCGACAAGGACAACGACAUCCAUACAAACAACUGCGCGGAGCUCUUCCACGGCGCCUGGUGGUACGGAGGAUGUCACAGCUCAAAUCUGAACGGACUGUGGGGAAACACCGAGUACGCCAAGGGACUGACCUGGGUCACAACGACAAAUUACUACGCGAGUGCGACGUCGGCAGAGCUGAAGAUUAGACCGAUUUAGUUAGGAAAAGUGUAGAAGAGCUUAUACAUUAUAUUUGUAGUUUAGCUGAGUUUAUACAACACAUAUGUAAUAAAAUAUUAAUCUAGCAACCUUAUUACAGGAAGCUUUCUUUCAAAAUGCUACAAUCACAAUUUGAUUUUUAUCAACGUAAUCACUCUGUCUAUGUAUGCUUAUUAAUAUUUUAUGUAAAGAAACGCAACGUAAAAAAUA